AUCAAGGGAAAUGUGUAGAGGGCAUGGUGGAAAUCUUUGACAUGCUGCUGGCUACUGCUGCUCGGUUUCGCCUGAUGAACCUUCAAGGGGAGGAAUUUGUGUGCCUCAAGUCCAUCAUCCUGCUCAAUUCUGGUGUGUACACUUUUCUUUCCAGCACCUUGAAAUCCCUGGAAGAGCGAGACUAUAUUCACCGUGUUCUGGACAAAAUCACAGACACUCUGAUACACUUAAUGGCUAAGUCGGGUCUUUCUCUGCAGCAGCAGCACAGGCGACUUGCUCAGCUCCUCCUCAUCCUCUCUCACAUCAGACACAUGAGUAACAAAGGAAUGGAGCACCUGUACAAUAUGAAGUGUAAAAAUGUAGUUCCACUCUAUGAUCUCUUACUGGAGAUGCUGGACGCUCACCGACUGCAUGCCCCAGCAGGCAGGAGUGCUGCACCGAUGGAAGAGGACAACCGAAGCCAGCUGACAACUGCAUCAACUUCAUCUCAUUCCUUGCAGUCUUUUUAUAUAAACAGCAAAGAAGAGGAGAAUAUGCAGAAUACGAUAUAAACAAAAGUCAGCAUAUAUAAUGGUAUGAGAAACCCAGUAGCGUACUACCUAGCUCAUGCUUCAUUUCAUCUAUAGUGCCACCUAUGUAAACACUCCAAUGACAACAGUCACCUGCAUUUUCCAUUUGAGUGUUUGUCAAGUGCUUGUGUAAAUUGAUUGCUUAUCCUAAAUGGAAGACAUUUCAUUGCUACGGACAGCCAGCAUGGAUUGUUGGGCUAACUUGAUUUAAAAUUCACAGUGUUUUUAUUUAAUUUUGCAUGUAAGUUGGGUAAGUCCUAACCUAAACUGAACAUCCAUUUUACUAUAAAUUAAUAGGCCAUACCACCCAUGCAUAUUGGUAUCUUCGUAAGUGGUAGCCUUUGUUGAUAUCCACCCCAAAUUCUGAGCUCGCUUAAUCCUUUACUUGCUUGAAACUUUGAAGCAGUUUGGUAGAGAUUCUGGAGGACUUUUUGGGGGGCAGGGGGGUAAAUGGAAAGUUGACUGGCAUCUUAGUGUGCCACAUCAUUGAAGUUGAACUGCUAGUGACAGCCUUGGUAGUUUAGGUAGAUUCCUGCCUCUCUUCUUCCUACAUUAGAAAGGAACCCCUGUCUGAGAAUAAUACUGUUUUACCUUGCUGGCUUACAUCAGCAGACAACUCCCUCUCAAGACCAAACUUUUAGGGCCCCUUACCCCAUCCUCUAGCCGAAUUGCAUUGUGUGCAUCCUAUCCUGUCUGAUCCUACAAAGCUAAAUUGUUCUGUUGCUUGGCAGCGUGUAAAUCAAGGGCAACAUGGCAAACAGUGAUAACAUAGAUAAUUACUCUUAAAUGAGACCAGAUGAUUACAAAAAUCAUCAAGUCUUAAAAAAAACCCCAGAUCUUCACACACAUAUGUGAUACAGCACUAUU